UCUCUCUCAAACUUAAUAUUUAGAUUGAGUGCCGUGCAGUGUAGUGGUCUUGGGACGUGAUGGCAGCACGCAGGUUGUGGAUAUUUUUUGGAGUCGUAGCUGUUCUCGGGACUUUAAUGGUUCAGGUGCAGUGCAAUGAGGAGUCCAUUCUGAUCGGCGACUUGUUCAAAGGCUACAACAAGAAUAUUCGUCCAGCGGUUCACCCUGAAGACAAGCUGGACAUUAAGAUCAAGCUGACCCUCACUAACCUCAUCUCCCUGAACGAAAAGGAGGAGACUCUUACGACUAAUGUGUGGAUUGAGAUUCAAUGGCCUGAUUAUCGCCUUGCCUGGAACAAAUCUCACUAUUAUGACAUUGAAGUUAUUCGUGUUCCGUGCAAGACUGUUUGGCUCCCUGACAUUGUCCUGGAGAACAACAUUGAUGGCAAGUUUGAUGUGGCUUACUACGCCAAUGUGUUGAUCUACAGCAGUGGUUGGAUGUACUGGCUGCCUCCUGCUAUCUAUCGCAGCACUUGUGCCAUUGAGAUCACCUUCUUCCCAUUUGAUUAUCAAAACUGCACGCUAGCAUUCAGAUCCCAGACGUACAGUGCCAAUGAAGUGGACCUCAUCUUGGCUGAGGGAGAUACAGGCGAGAUUAUUGAGUGGGUGGACAUCGACCCCGAGGCUUUCACAGAGAAUGGCGAGUGGGCCAUCGUCCAUCGUCCAGGCAGGAAGAUCAUCAACACACGGUACACCCCAGAUGACCUAGAGUAUCAGGAGAUCUUGUUCAAUCUGGUCAUCCAAAGGAAGCCCCUCUUCUACGUCAUCAACAUCAUCCUGCCCUGCUCCCUCAUCUCCUCGUUGGUGGUGCUAGCCUACUUCCUACCUGCACAAGCCGGGGGACAAAAGUUGACCGUGUCCAUCUCUGUCUUGCUGGCUCAGACUGUCUUCCUCUUUCUUAUUGCCCAGAAGAUCCCUGAGACGUCUCUCUCGGUCCCUCUCAUCGGCAAGUACCUGAUCUUUGUCAUGUCUGUCACUACUCUCAUUGCCACUAAUCAAAUAGUGGUGCUGAACUUCUCCCUGCGUAGCCCCAGCACUCAUACCAUGUCAAAUACCAUCAAACAUGUGUUCCUGGAAAUGGUACCUCGCUUCCUGGGCAUGCCCCCACUGGUGGAUGACAGUGAGGUGACAUCCGAGGUGAACGGAGUGAGGGAGCGGCGGCGCAGCUCCUUUGGCCUCAUGCAGAGAGCAGAGGAAUAUGUACUGAAACAACCUCGCAGUGAAAUGAUGUUCGACAAACAAAGAGAGAGGCAUGGUCUCACACGAUCCAUUGUGGAUAAUAUGGAUGUCAGCAGCACAGCCAACCUGUAUAAGAGUUUGGCCCAGGCUGCCCCCGAGAUCAAGCAAUGUGUGGAUGCCUGCAACUUCAUUGCUGAGAGUACGAGACAACAAAAUAACAUUGGAUCUGAAAUUGAAAACUGGGUAUUGAUUGGGAAGAUGAUCGACAAGGUGUGUUUCUGGGCUGCCAUUCUCCUCUUCAUCAUCGGCACAGUGUGGAUCUUCCUAACGGGACACUUCAACCGGGCGCCUGAAUUUCCGUUUCCGGGGCAGAGCAAAAAAUAUGUUCCGAGUUAAAAAAGACAACUACAAAAAAUACCAUUUUGCUCUGAUGAAACCUUUGCGAGGGUCACUGUGCCUCAUGCUGUCGAUAAGGCUGAGCGAUCUUGCUCAUUGAGUCCCAGGCUCAGAUUCGGGGUCGAGUUAGCACACUUUAAUAACAGAGAUUUAACAACAAAUCUGUCUGUGUUCAUGUUCACAGCUCGGACUUCUCUUUGUGAAUACUUGUCAGGCAGCUGAGGGUUUUUCAUUCAAACCUUCAACUUAGUUAGAGCCAAGUUCUUCAUUUUAGUGCAAGUUAUUUGGGUGUAUACAUUACAUGGGUGCAACAGGUCUAGUUAGAAAUAGUGAUAUUUUAAUUCAUAAUGAUAAUCAUCAUCAUUACCAAGUACAAUCAAUAUUUGUUUUGUGGUAUAAAAGAAGCAAGUUCAGACUUCAGGUCAGAGGUGUGUUUAAAAAAAUAAAUGCUGAAGGUGUUUCCUCACCAUACUGAGGAAGUUCUUUCUGUUGACGCAAAGAAUUUUUCAUACCAAAACUACGCCGGCAUUGGGUACUGUAUUGCAUGGAUCCAUAAGCACGUAGAACCGGAUUCAUAAAUAGCAAUAAAGAAGGUUAUUUAACUGAUUAAGUGAUUGUAUUUACACACGAUGUGCUGAAGUUGUCAAUCUUUCAUGGGCUUUAAGAAUCGUCUGUGUAUCACACUGAAAAACAUAUCUGAUAAAGCCUGGAGAAGUUUCCCUGCAUGUAUUAUGUCUUAUAUGUGGAGAGCCUGUACAUGUAACUUGAGCCAGCCAACUCUGAAUCAAAGCCUUAUUCUUCUUACUUUGACUUAUUUGUCAGAAAGUCUUGUUAGGGGUAGAUGUCUUGGAGCGACAUUGUCUUGAUUCAUUAUGCUAUGCUUUUUUUUUUUAAAUAAACAUUUUAUUUUGUGCA